GGGCAUACAUCGAGGGAGCAACCAAUGGUCGUAACCACUGCUGCUGUGAGAUAGGAGCGGGUGAUGAUAGGCAUCUGCUUGUACCAUUCUUCAACAGCUUGAGCCAUUUCUCUAGAGAGCAAGCGUUAGAUCGAACCAAGAUUUCUGAAACCCAAAUUUGAAAAAGGUGAAUGAUUCUCCGGGAUAAUCGAAGGUUCUGGGCUUUGAAGAUCAAUACAGAGUUUGUAGAAGAAAGAAGAAGAGGAGUGGUGAGUCAACAGGAACAGAGCCAGAAGCUGUGGGGAAUCAAUUUCUUCUAGAAAUCUCCCACAGAUUCACAAUUUUCUGCAAAAAUGGAGUCUGAUGAUCCCGCGAUCCCUUCUUCAUCGUCUUCGCUUCUCAAGGACAUCUCCAAUUUCAAAACCCCAAAACGCCGCUCACAAAACCCGAAUUUCCACUCCCCAUCAGGCUCGCGGUUCUUCACCGCCUCCAAGCAAACCCCGAGGUCAUCCUCAUUUACUCGCCGAGCCCGCCCUUCCCUCGCAUCAGCUUCCGCCCGCUCCAAAACGGCAGCACGCAGGCUCAAGGCUUUCGAGCUUGAACAGUCCAAGUCUUCUAGAAAAGAACAGAUUAAGAAGGAGCAUUCCCUCAGAUCAUUAGCGAAAUCGCUCACUGUCUGGCUCAACUUCCUGUUCCAAAACCCUAGGUCGUGUGGCUGUGAUGUGUCGAUUGAUGGACGGGAUGACAGUGUGAUUCGCGUGGAUGUGACGUGGAGGAAUCCGAAGAGGAUGAGGGAGUUGUGGUGGAGAGGGGAGGAGGUGGAGAGUGUGGCCGAGGAUUGUUCGAGUUCGAAGUACUCCAGCUUGAGAUCUUCGCUGGAAAAUGUCUGUAGUUUCGAUGAUUUGAUACAGCGGAUGCAGGUUUACUUGAGCUUGCGGACUUGCAAGGAGAUAUUUGAUAUCAUGACUCAAGUCACAAGGAAUAUAGAUGAAGGGAGGUUAAAAAUGAAGGCACAUUGUCCCGUAGUAACAGAUUUUGGAAUGAAAGAGAAGGCAACAAGAAUUCUCAUGUCUUACAACCCAAUUUGGCUUCGAAUCGGGUUAUACAUUAUUUUCGGUGGUGAUUCCUUACUAUGUGAUGUAAAUGUUAGUUCCGAGGAAGAAAUGGCAUUCUUGAAGAUGGUAAUUGAGAAGCAAUUUUUCUCGCAUGUUGGACUAGCAAAAGCAUAUGCUUAUAACAAAAUGGUUGAAGGGUUAUAUCGACCUGGUUACUAUGAGGAACUGGGGAAUUUAAUAUUGAAGAGAACUUUGUUACUUGUUCUUAUACUUGAUCGGGCCAAAUCUCAAAGCAGUCUUCCUCUAAAGUAUGGUAUAGAUGGAGCAGAUGGAGGUUCUCCACUUUUGUUCACAGUGCAGUCCAGUAUUAAAUCAAGUUGUAAAAUGAUUAGUGAUUUCUUAUCAUCUGAUGUUAUGCAUGGGGAAGGUAAUCUUCUUGCGCAUCUAGUGAUUAUAGGGUACAAAGUUUCUUAUCAGCAGCCUCCCCUUGUUGAGUUUGACUUCAGAGUGUCAGAUUUGUUUGGGGAUCUACAGGAUGGGGUGCGGCUCUGUAGAGCAAUUCAAAUCUUGCAACAUGAUACCUCUAUCCUUAUGAAAAUGGUUGUUCCUUCGGAUACCAGCAAAAAAAAUUUGGCAAAUUGUAAUGUUGCCCUGCAAUACCUGAGGCAGGCUGGUGUGUUCCUAUAUGAUGAAGAUGGAACAACAAUUAUGGGAGAUGAUGUUGCUAACGGUGAUAAGGAACUCAUUAUUUCAUUGCUGUGGAAUAUGUUUGUUCACUUACAGUUACCACUUCUGAUGAACAAGACAACAGUAGCUGAGGAAAUACAUAAAAUUCGUGGUCUCGAUAUGGAUCAACUGAAUGUCAUCAGCUCCCCUCCUUUGGAAAUGCUUUUGAGUUGGAUUCAGGCAAUUUGUGAAAAGUAUGAUCUUAAGAUUGAUGGUUUCCCUUCACUGGUCAAUGGAAAAGCCAUAUGGUGCUUGCUUGACUAUUACUUCCGUAGAGAACUUUCUUGUUCUUGUUCUUGCAAGGAUUCUCAAGAAACAAGAGGUGAAGAGUCAAUUGUGUCUGCUACUGAUUAUGCGGAUGCAGUUCACAACUUCGUAUUAUCGCAGAAGCUUACAACAUUAUUGGGAAACUUUCCUGAGGUUCUGCAAAUAAGUGAUUUACUUGAGCAUAAUGGUGCGGUUAGUGAAAGAAGCGUGGUAGUUCUAUUAGUCUUCUUGUCAUCUCAGCUAAUUGUCAAGAAAAAUGUGGAUCAACUGAAUUUUCAUAAACUUUUGGGAUGUAAUUGUCAAAGCACAGAAAGGAAGCACUUAUAUACUCAACGGCGGUCUGCAAGUUCUGAGGCUGUGAUACAUGAGGAUGAAAUAGAUGGAAACAUAAUGGAAAGUCCCUUUAGUGUUAGCAGCUCUCCUUUUGGCAAGUUAGAUGCUCCUAAAAAGUUCAAGGCUGUUCAGGCUUGGUGGCGAGAUAUGACCGAACAGAACUACAAAAGUGUAACAAAAUCCACUGUUUCUACACUUCAAAGCUUUGCCCCUAGAAAACAAAGCAUUGACAUGCAACGAGAAACUUCUGCAAUUGUCAUACAGUCUCAUUUUAGGCGGUUGAUUGCUCGUUGUGAUUUUCUGAAGAAGAGGAAAGCAAUCUGUUUGUUGCAAACUGUUAUCCAUGCAUGGUUGAAAGUGAAGCAGAAUUCAGUAUCCAUCAAAUUCUGUACCUUGGAAGUUAGAGAAUAUACAUGUGAGACGCUGAAGUGGCAUGUGGAGCUGUUUGUAGACAGACACAAUUUUGUCAAGUUAAGAAGCUCAGUGUUGCUCAUUCAGAAAGCCACAAGGAUCUGGAUUGCUAGAAGAAGUGAUGUGUCCUCAUCUGGCCUAGUCAAUGCUGCCAUUGUUAUUCAGAAAUAUUUCCGUGGUUGGAUUGCAAGGUCAAUGCACAAUCAUAGAGUUACUCAGAUUAAGAGCCAUUCUCUCAUGUGCCAAGAAAAAGGUACGAGUAAUGUUGAAAUAGAAGCAGCAACCAAUAUUCAGAAUGCUUUGAAGAAUCAGACCCCUUCUGCAACUAAAAUUCAGAGUCGUUUCCGUUGUUGGCUGACAAGGAGGAGGUUUUUAGAUCAAAAGCAAGCAGGUCAAAGCCAAUAUUCAGAUCAAAACCAUUCUUUCAUGUGCCAAGAAGAGGGUAUAUGUAAUGUUGAAAAUGAAGCAGCAACCAAUAUUCAGAUUGCUUGGAAGAAGUUUAUAUGCAGGUUGCUCAACAAACAGACCCUUGCUGCAACUAAAAUUCAGACUCAUUUCCGUUGUUGGUUGACAAGAAGGAGGUUUCUAUUUCAAAAGCAAGGAAUAAAAAAAAUUCAAUCUCUUGCUCGUGGAUGGAUUACACGAAGAAGAGCUUGGAGAUAUAGGCAUCUCAUCCUUGCAAUCCAGAGACAUUAUCGCUGUCAGUUGGCAAGGAAGGAAUUUUUGCGCCAAAGAGAGGCUGCAAUACAGAUCCAAAGUGCUACUCGGUGCAUGACAUGCCGGAAGGCAUUUCAAUGUCAGAAGCACGCUGCUAUUGAAAUUCAACGGUUUGUCAGGGGGCAAAAUGCUCGACAUAGGCUUCUAGGUGCCUCCUCAUUUCAGGCAGUCAGUGCUAGCAUUAGCACUCACUGUUUGAAUGUGUCAGGAGGCUCCUUCCAGAGUGUUGAGCUGAAAAUAGUACUAGCUUCAGUUCUGAAACUACAAAGAUGGUGGAGGGAUAUUGCACUGCUUAAAUUGAGAGCAAAUUCAGCCAUCUUUAUUCAGCGCCACAUACGAGGGUGGAUUGCUAGGCGAAAAGCAUGUAGAGAGCGGCACCGUGUUGUUGUAGUACAAUCAUAUUGGAAAGGUUAUCUUGCGCGGAAAGAAUCAAGGCAGCUACAGGAUUUGCGCUUGAGAGUGCAAAAGUCUGCUGUGAAUGUGGAUGAUAGCAAGCGUAUUAUUAACAGACUUUUAUCAGCACUAUCUGAACUUCUUAGCAUGAGAAGCGUCAGUGGCAUUCUUCAUAAUUGUGCAACUUUGGAUAUGGCUACAGGACAUUCUCAGAAAUGUUGCGAAGAACUUGUUGCAGCAGGGGCAAUUGGCAUUCUGCUGAAGCUCAUUCGCUCAGUUAGUCGAAGUAUACCUGAUCAGGAAAUUCUAAAGCAUGCACUCUCAACACUCAGAAACCUUGCCCGCUUUCCACAUUUGGUAGAAGUGCUGAUUGACACUCGGGGAUCUGCAGAGACAAUCUUCUGGGAGUUGCUCAGGAACAAGGAAGAAGGAUAUUUCAUUGCCUCUGAGGUUUUGAAGAAGAUAUGCUCAAACCAUAGAGGUGUGGAAGCUGUACACAGGUUACCUGCUCUUUUGAAGAGACUACACAAUCUUGUCAUAAUAAGAAGAAAAAUCACAGAAGGAUUCCUUUCUCCUGUUUGGUGGGUACAUAGCAAAUUCUGAUUAUACUCAACCUAUAAGAGUGAUUACCAAACAUAAUGCAAUUUGCAAUCUCAAAAUAAGAUUAUAUUGUACAU